GCGGUCGCACGGGGUGGUGUUUGGAACAAUUCUUGCCGGAAUGACGUCACCCCCCACUGAUUGGUCAGGAGUGACGGGCUGGAGAGAGUAAGGCGCAGAGCGCUAACGCUGGCUGUGAGUGGGUGAUCGCUGCUUGGUGAGAGAAAUUAUCCGGAUACAAAAUGGGGGACGCUGGAAAGGGAAAGAAGAUCUUUAUCCAGAAGUGCGCACAGUGCCACACAGUUGAAAAGACCGGAAAACACAAGACUGGGCCAAACUUAUGGGGUCUCUUCGGCCGUAAAACUGGACAAGCCCCAGGAUUUUCUUACACCGAUGCGAACAAAAGCAAAGGCAUUGUAUGGGGAGAAGAAACCCUGUUAGAAUAUUUGGAAAACCCAAAGAAAUAUAUUCCAGGAACCAAGAUGAUUUUUGCUGGCAUUAAAAAGAAGAAUGAGCGCUUAGAUCUGAUUGCCUAUUUAAAAAAGUCCACAUCAGAGUGAUUAACAUCGAAAGCACAGGACUGUGUGUUAAGGAAUGGAUCUUCAGCUGGAUUCCACAAGGGAUUAUGUUGAGUGUGCAUCUUACUAAACAGAGACAUUAAUAAUAAAGUGAAUGUCGACAGGGCUAUGCAUGGAUGAUAUCUAUGGCCAUUUAUUUAUUCAUAAUUACAAGGAAAUGGAUGUAAACUGUAUGGAGGUAUUGUAAAUAAAGCCUUUGAGAGGCUUUAUUGUUAAUAGUAGAGUAAUACUAUAAGAAGUCAUACUACUGAACUCAUGCAUCUGUACUUUUUUCUAGUUAUGUUUAAGUCUAAAAGGAGCAGUAGUACCAAAAAUAAAAGGUCUUUGUAUACACUUUGAUAUAACAAACCUUGUUCUUAUAAACAUUUUUAUCUGUAUAUUAGCAGUUCUAAUACCUUAUGUUAAUGGUGUGGUUUCCAAACUAUGGUACUGCCCCCCUAGUGACACCUAGAGCAGUGCCUGGAAGAUCCUGCCUAAAAGGCCACUUAGGAUCAGGUUUGCAGAAAAUGCCUGUCUGUUAGCCUAUAUAUACCUGGAAUCCCUAAAAUUAGGGGGGGGACACUUAUUUGCUAUGCUUUAUCAUUGAAGCUAUGGGUGAAAUACUGAUAUAGCCAUGCAUUUAUUUGUCUGUAACUCUAUUAUUAGCUAAGAGGAAGUGUCUAAACACAUUUGUAGCAAAGUAGGCAGCCAGUAAAACUAUUCUAUAAUUAGACUUUUUUUUAAAAAGAAUGAUUUAUAGCUAGUUAAACCUUUGUUAACCCUUGAAUAUAUAUACGUAAGGUUUUUUCACUUUUUGGUGUUACUGCCUUUUAAGAAUUACUGAUGCGCCAGUUUCUGUUGUAACAAUGAAUAUCCCGACACUUGACAUUGGUAUGGUGUGAAGCAUAAAAUGUAGCACAAAUUAAAGCUGUGGUCAUUUUUAAGAAUCA